AUGAAGUUCAACACGGUCGUCGUCUACUUCUCCGCCAUCAUUGGCGCGUCCAUGGCUGCUGCCAUUGAGGAGCGCCAGGCACCACCUGCUCCCAUGCCUCCCGCGGGCGCUCCUCCCGGACCUACUCCUAAGGUUAUCCCAGUCCUCGUCGGUAGCCCGACCCGCGAGAAGUCGUUGCUCUUCUACCCUGAGAUCGUGAGAGCUCAGCCCGGCGACAUCGUUCAGUUCCAAUUCUGGCCCAACAACCACACCGUCACCCAGGCAGCGAACGUCCAGGCACCAUGCUUGCCCCUUGGGGACAUGCAGCCCAACGCUGUUCACAGCGGCUUCAUCCCGGGUGUUACUGAUGGCUCUCCUAUCGGAACCUUCAACGUUCAGGUCGAGAACACCGAGCCAAUGCUCCUGUACUGCGCCCAGGGCAUGCACUGCCAACUCGGCAUGGUUAUGAUCAUUAACCCUAAGGCGGAUGCGGACGUGCAGGCCUACAAGAUGGCCGCCAAGGGAUCGCAGCAGAACGUACCCGCAAAGAACGUGGCCGGUGGCUCCGCCGGAAGGAUCCCCGCCAACCUGGCCCUCCCCCCUGUUGCCUAA